AUGGAGAACGAGCGCGACAUGUACCGCCAGUUCCAGGACUGGUGCCUUAGGACUUACGGGGACUCAGGCAAGACCAAGACGGUGACCCGUAAAAAAUACGAGCGGAUCGCCCAGCUCCUCAACGGCUCCGAGUCAAGCUCCACGGAUAACGCCAAAUUUAAAUUCUGGGUCAAAUCGAAGGGCUUCCAGCUGGGCCAGCCGGACGAGGUCCGCGGCGGAGGCGGCUGCGCCAAGCAAGUGCUCUACGUGCCGGUCAAGACCACGGAUGGCGUAGGGGUAGAUGAGAAGCUGUCUUUACGGCGGGUAGCUGUGGUUGAAGAUUUCUUUGACAUUAUCUAUUCGAUGCAUGUGGAAACGGGGCCAAAUGGAGAACAGAUUCGUAAACAUGCUGGACAAAAGAGAACUUACAAAGCAACUAUUCAUCCUCCUUUAAAUUAUAGUAUUUCUUAUGUAAUAACAUCUACAUUUUGUGAAUCCUUUCAGAUUUCAGAGAGCUAUGCCUUCCUACCAAGAGAAGCGGUGACACGGUUUCUAAUGAGCUGCUCAGAGUGCCAGAAACGAAUGCAUUUAAACCCAGAUGGAACAGAUCAUAAAGACAAUGGAAAACCUCCUACUCUAGUGACCAGCAUGAUUGAUUACAACAUGCCCAUUACCAUGGCCUACAUGAAGCACAUGAAGUUACAGCUGCUAAACUCACAGCAAGAUGAGGAUGAAAGUUCAAUAGAAAGUGAUGAGUUUGACAUGAGUGAUUCAACACGGAUGUCGGCUGUGAACUCUGACCUUAGCUCCAAUCUUGAGGAGAGAAUGCAAAGUCCUCAGACACUGCAUGGCCAGCAAGACGAUGAUUCUGCUGCAGAGAGUUUUAAUGGCAAUGAGACUCUGGGGCACAGUUCAGUGGCUUCAGGGGGAACGCAGGGCAGGGAGACAGGAGACUCCAACAGCGAUGGCAAGGCUGUGCUGGAACGGGAUGAACAGCCACUGAACUUGAGUGACAGUCCCCUGUCUGCGCAGCUGACUUCGGAAUACAGAAUAGAUGAUCACGGCAGUAAUGGGAAAAACAAAUACAAGAAUCUUCUAAUUUCUGACCUCAAGAUGGAACGAGAGGCUAGAGAAAAUGGAAGCAAGUCUCCUGCACACAGUUACUCGAGCUAUGACUCUGGCAAAAACGAGAGUGUUGACAGAGGUGCAGAGGACCUGUCACUCACCAGGGGGGAUGAGGACGAAGAUGACCACGAUGACCACGAUGAUUCUGAGAAAGUGAACGAGACAGAUGGUGUGGAAGCGGAGCGGCUGAAAGCUUUUAAUAUGUUUGUCAGGCUGUUUGUAGAUGAAAACUUGGACCGAAUGGUCCCAAUCUCUAAGCAGCCCAAAGAAAAGAUCCAAGCUAUCAUUGACUCAUGCAGGCGACAAUUCCCUGAGUACCAAGAGCGUGCCAGAAAACGUAUACGUACUUACCUCAAGUCCUGCAGGCGGAUGAAAAGAAGUGGUUUUGAGAUGUCUCGUCCUAUUCCUUCCCACCUUACUUCAGCAGUUGCCGAGAGUAUCUUGGCUUCGGCCUGUGAGAGCGAGAGCAGAAAUGCUGCCAAGAGGAUGCGCCUGGAUAAACAGCAGGAUGAAUCUGCACCAGCUGACAAACAGUGUAAGUCAGAGACCACGCAGGCUACUUACUCAACAUCCACUGUUCCAGGCUCACAGGAGGUGUUGUACAUCAAUGGAAAUGGGACGUACAGUUACCAUAGUUACAGAGGGCUAGGAGGAGGACUGCUGAACCUCAAUGAUGCUUCCAGUAGUGGACCCACAGAUCUCAGCAUGAAGAGGCAGUUGGCGACGAGCUCAGGAUCCUCCAGCAGUUCCAGCUCCAGACCUCAGCUGAGUCCCACCGAAAUCAAUGCUGUGAGACAGCUGGUGGCAGGAUAUCGAGAAUCGGCUGCAUUUUUAUUGCGUUCUGCAGAUGAACUGGAAAAUCUCAUUUUACAACAGAACUGA